AGAUCGACCGGCAGCGGAGACUGCUGGACCUCACCUGGAGACCCCGGGUCAGCUUACAGCGAGCAGAACUCCCAGGUCAGGAGAAGGACGUCCAAACGGGUCAGCAGGAUUCUGGCAAACAGACUGACUUCAGUUUGGACCAAGAGAAACCAGAACAAUGGCAGAUGACGAAGGCAAGAGAGGAAUCCAACCCACCACAGAUGACACUUACUCUGGAGGAACCAGAACUUCUGCAGUUAAAAGAGGAAGAUGGAGAAAUCUGGAUCAGUCAGGUUGAAGAGCAGCUUGUUCUGAAUCAGCAGACUGAUUCUCUCAUGAAGGACGGAGAACCAGAACCAGACGGAGACCAGCGCUCGUCUCAGAGCUAUCAUGAAGCUGAGAACCUAAACCAGAACCAGAGCCACGAUGGAGACUCAGGACCGAGCAGAGCUGAAGGUUUGAAGCAGAGCAACAGAGGGAGAGCUAAAGGAAAGAGGCACAGAGUUGGAAAUCGGGCUUUUUGCCAAAUUUGUGGUAAAAGUUUCAACCAGUUUUAUUUAUAUAAUCACAUAAGAACGCACACAGGCGAGAAGCGUUUCUCCUGCAAGAUCUGUGGGAAAGGUUUCAUUCAAAGCUACCAGUACACUGUUCACAUGAGGACUCACACAGGGGAGAGGCCUUUCUCGUGUCACAUCUGUGGGAAACGUUUUGUUCAGAAGAAUAACGUAGUAACUCACAUGAAGGUUCACGUAGGUGAGAAAGGCUUCGCCUGUGAGGUCUGUGGUCUGUGUUUCUCUCACAGUGCUGAUCUGACGCGCCACAUGGCCGCUCACUCAGAGGACAAACCUUUUACGUUUCAGCCGCCGGAAUGAGGCUUCAGCCAUUUCGAACUCCUCACAGCAGACAGAGGAGCAAAUUAUUUCAUCUGAUUACUCUUAAAUGCUUGAAGUUGAAAUGAAGAAACUUUCCUGCUAUGAGAGUAAAACUCCUGUGUUGAACGUCAACAUAUUAAAUUCAUGUACUUUUUAUUUCAGGGCGAUGCUGGGUAUUUUCCUCAAACCUACAUAAAAGAACCACAGACAUCGUAUAUGAGUUUUCUGACCAAGCUUUUGCAAAAGGAGAAGUCUCAGCAAACUGCUCCUCCAAGCCGUUCACUGAGCGUCUGAAUACCUUUGGUUACAGCUUGUCUUUUAUUAUCAAGCAAAAAGAGGGAGGAUAGGUAAGGAAGACGGCAGAGACAAAAUACUACUGCACACAGGCAGUUUCUAAGGUAGGGAGUAUUUGGUUGAUAAGGAGGCACCUGUGGAAACAUAAUUCAAGGUCUGGGAAACACAGAUAACUGUUUCACAUGAAGACGAACAGGCAGAUGGGGCCUCCAGGUCAGUUUAUACACACAUAAGGAAGAGAACACUUUAAACUGAAAAUCACAAUGAUCUAUAGACUGAAUGUUGAUUAACUAUUAAUUAACAUUAGACUGAAUAUGAACUAAAGUAAUAACAAAAUGAUAAUACCAAAAAAUCUCUAACAGGUGACAAAAUGAAUGUUUGUCUGGGAUCCUUCACUGUAGAAUGAAAGUCUUUAGAGAAAACAAAUGAAAAGGCAAACCACAUGAAAUUAAUAUGAAUUUAAUGCAUCAAGUCAUUUGAAACUAGUGAUCAAAGUUGAAUUUGUGUUUGUGCAGAGGAACGGCGGCCAGGUGGUUUUUGGUCAUGUGAUGCAGUGAAGGAUUGUGGGUCGUUAACCGACAGGAACAUGCAGACAUGGACUUUAAGCAGCUUCACUGUUUGGGGAAAAAGUUUUUUCUUUAUAAUUAUGUAAGUUUCUAGAUUUAAAAUGACCAAAUGAGUGACGAGGUUCCACUUCAUACUGAAACACUUUUCAUAAAGUUUUGUUCAGUGAAUUAAUUUGUUUUCCACUAAAAUUAUGAUGUGAUGAUCGCAGUAUUUUAAUAUGUAAAUAAUAUCAGGACAUCAUUUCUCAAUCUGAACUCUAAAAAUAAUCAUUUCAGUCUUGAAUCUCUGGCUGCAUGCAGAAUAACAGAUUAUUAUGGAGGUUUGUUCAUCUGUAGGAUUUAGGAUUUCACUGUUCUGGUUGUUUUUUUUGUGUGUUUUUUUUUUUUUACAAAGUUUUGCUUCUUUAUCAUCAUUUAGUUUUAGAAGAAGUUACUGAAGUUUCUCAUGUAUCUUUCUGUCGCUUUGAGCACGUGUUGCAUUCAACAACUAGAGAUUUGGACUCUUUCUGUUUUAGUCGGUUUGAUCUGUAGUUCAGUCUUUGGUCACUCAGGUUAAUGAAGUUAACUCGUGUAACCAACUGGUAGAUUGACACUUUGAUUAAAAAAACAGAAUAAAGCAGUAAAGACAAACAAUGCUCAGUGUAUUAAAAUAAAUUAAAGAAGGUAACUUGAGUUUGAAGUUCGACUCAAAAGCUGGUUGAGUCUGAAUUCAUCCGUUUCAUCAACUAAAAUUUUGUCCUUUUAUUUGUCCUGAGUUUCAUAAAAUGCUCCUAAAGUUUUAUGUCAUUUUUAAAUGUAUUUAAAAUGUUUUCUGGUUAAUCGUGUCCCUGGAUCCCACAGCUUGUUUUGUUGGGUUUCUCUGUGUUUGAUGAUUUCAGAUUCAAACUCUUGAUGAUUAAAGACAACAUGAAGCAUUUCUGACAGUCUCCAAAACUGAACUUUGACCUUUUGUUUAAACAGCCAAGACAAAAUGUUUUUGAUUCCAGAUAAAAUUGUUUUGUCUCUUAACGAUAAAAUUAUAAUCUGAAUGAAAGAACAGUUUUUAAUCGACACAAGAAGCUUCAGGAAACGUCCUGAAGUCUUUUCAUAGUCAGAGCUCUGUGUUUGUUUUAAUUAUUGAACCAGCAGCUGUUGAUUUGACUCCUUAUCAAAUAUUCAUAUUAAAGCCAGAAGCAGCGAACGGAGCGUCUGAAAUGUGGAUCUGCUGUUCAUGAGAAUCAGGCGAUGAAACUGAGUUGAAAAGUCUUUUCUGUGAGCAUGUUGCUACACCUGACUGCAGGUGGCGCCGAUGGCCUGAAUGUUUUAUAUGAAUACACUUUUCUUUAUGAAAUAUGUUUUAAUAUUUCCUCAUGUGUCAG